CAGGUAGAAAGUAAAGCCAAGUCGUUGUCUGUUCUGGUUUGGCUCAUCUCUAAUGCCAAUUCUGCUGUCUCACAGAGAGAGCCAAUUCACACACACACACACAGAGACAAAUACAUUCCCUUAUCUUUAUAUAUAAAGAACACAGUCUGUGUGUUAAAUAAUUCUCAUCUCUUGUCCCUGACAUUAUAGACACGAAAGAUGGAAGCUGUAAGAUGCAGAAGAGGCAGAGAGAGCAACAAAAGUCCAGAGAGGCUAAUAAGGUCUUUGAAUCAUCAUCAUCAAGAUGAAGAAGAACUUGAAGAUGAGGUCAAGACUAAGAAACCCAUUUUCAGAAGAGUCCAAGUUGUUUAUUAUCUCACUAGAAAUGGCCACCUUGAACACCCUCACUUCAUCGAAGUCAUUUCUCCGGUUAACCAGCCUCUCCGGUUAAGAGAUGUGAUGAACCGGCUUACGGUACUGAGAGGGAAGUGCAUGCCAUCACAAUAUGCUUGGUCGUGUAAAAGGAGCUAUAGAAAUGGAUUCGUUUGGAAUGACUUAGCAGAGAACGAUGUGAUUUACCCUUCGGACUGUGCUGAGUAUGUCUUGAAAGGAUCUGAAAUCACCGACAAAUUUCAAGAAGUACAUGUGAACCGACCAUUGUCUGGUUCUAUUGAAGAAACUCCAAAAAGUCGACUUCACAGGUCAAAACUCAAACCUCAAAACAGAACGACGUCGUUUGAUGACUCAGAGCUCUACGUCGAAGAAGACGGAGAGUACGAACUUUACGAAGAGAAAACGAGUUAUACAUCUUCCACGACGCCGAAAUCUCGCUGUUCUCGAGGCUUAUCGACGGAGACAAUCGAAUCCACCGAACAAAAACCGAUCUUGGUCAAGAAAGAACAAGAUUUGCAAGUACGUUCUCACUUGUCCGAGUUGACUCGUUCCAACCCGGUGGUGAAGCCUUGUCGACUCGACGUUUCGACGCGGGUCGAGGACGGAGAUCCGGUGGAACCCGGAUCGGGUCGUGGGUCGAUGUGGCUCCAGAUGAUAUCGUGCGGGCACAUCGCCGCCACCAAGUACUACGCACCGAGCGUGAUGAAUCCGAGACAAAAAGAAGAGAAUCUUCGAAAAGGAGUUUUAUGCAAGAACAUUGUGAAGAAGACUGUCGUCGAUGACGAACGUGAGAUGAUAAGGUUCAUGUCGGAGAAUCCAAGGUUCGGGAAUCCUCAGGCGGAGGAGAAAGAGUAUUUCAGCGGAAGCAUCGUCGAGUCGGUGAGUCAGGAACGAGUCACGGCUGAACCAUCGUUGAGACGAUCCAACUCGUUCAACGAGGAAAGAUCAAAGAUUAUGGAGAUGGCUAAGGAGACGAUCAAGAAGGAAGAAGAAAGAUCGAUCGUGAAGGUGAAAUGUAUACCGAGAACGUGUUUAAUGUCAUCAUCGAAGCAAAUCAAGAAAUAAAAAAGAGUCUAAUACUAUAGAGUAACGAAUGAUUAUGGACUAGUAUUUUUACUGCUACAGACAGAAGCAGUAAAUAAAUGGUAAUGAAUUUUAACGACUGCAUGUUGUUGUUUUACUCUGGGGAAUAUAUUUCCUCCACUUUAAUUGACCAGUUGUUUAAAGAGAAGUGGAAAUGGCAAAAUCCGUAUUAUUCGAGUUGCAAAACCGUAAA